AUGGCCGAUUCUGCGUCUUCACAGCAAUCCCAGCUUUCGCAGCAACCUGCAGCUCGUUCGCGCGUCAACCGAGGUAAAAAAUCCCUCGUCCAUGCUAGUGUUGUUUGUCUUAGGGAUUUACUAAGUGAAUUUGGUCAAGCCUUUCCCAAUCUACUUCACUUAGAUGCUUACAAUUAUCCCACUAAGCUCACCCAGAAAGAUAUUGAUAUUAUGAGCAAGUUGUUUGGAAUAGAACACCCUUACAGGGCCGAGCUCCCAGGCCCAAAUGACCGGGCUUGCUACCCAAAGCCCGGGGCAAUUAGAAUUUACAAAGAAACCUUCUAUGCCGGUUUUAGGUUGCCACCUCCUAUGUUUGUUUAUAGACUUUUAGCUGAAGCCCGGGUAUGUCCAACCCAACUCCAGCCCAAUGGCUGGAGGUUCAUAAAUUGUUUUCUGGUCCAGUGCAAGAAGCAUAAUUUAGAGCCCAGCGUGGCUGUAUUUAGAUACCUUUUUAAGUUUGUGAACGCCCCAAAUGACGAAGGCUGGGUCAAAAUCCAAUACCGGACUUUGGGCCGCAGCAUCUUUGUUUCUGACUCGGCCCCUGAUUCUCUCCCGAAUUGGAAAAAACAAUGGUUUUAUCUAUACAUGGAAGGGGCCAACUGGGCCGAUUACUUUUACUCGGACUUCAGCCGGGCCGAGGAUGGAACAAUGCGGUCCCUUAAGUUGGGGGUCGAGGAAGAGGCUGCAAUUAGGGUUUUGACGGGGGACAACCUCCACCAUUGCUCGUUGCUUAUCUCGGAGGCCUCCCUCCAGUUACAUGGGCUUAGCGAUUUGGGCCCUGAGGCCCAAGUUGCUCUUGGAAGCAUUUUCAAGAAGCGGGAAACCGCUGCCUCCAAUGCUGUGGCGUCUGAAGUGCCGCGUGAAAAGAGGGCGCGCAAGGAGGGGAAAUCCCCUAUCAUCGAGAAGGUUCCAACCUUCCUUACUCCACGGGCCGUGCCCGUCGAGGAGGACCCAAAUCCAUACGUUGUGGAGUGGGGACUUCUCAAAAAGGACACGGUGGUGGGUGAUUCCCGGGCGGCUGCUGAGUGGUCCCGGAGCGUGAUCACUCCUCGGGACCGAGCCCACGUGGUGGAGUCAAGCGAGGACCUUCAAAUCGAGCUUUUGGGGGCCCAAGCCGUGGCAACGGUCAAUACAUACCUCCAGGCUGCGGUCCACAACCUCAAAGCGGUUAGGGCCGAGAAGUCGAUCGCGGAACGCGACCGCGACCGUUAUUUCGACUCCUCGACUGCUAACUUUGAGCAGUUUCGGAGGGUGGAGGCCGAAUUGGUGGCCGAACAGGAGAAGGUCCGCACUCUGGAGGCGGAGUUGGCCCGGGUUCGUCGGGAAGCGGUGGAGGACUUCAAAAAGUCCAAGGAGUUUGAAGAUAUCCUGGCGGAGGAUUUUAACUCAUCCUUUCCCGAGACUUUCAAGUCCUGUUGGGAAAGGAUCAUAGAGGAGCUCGGUUCCCAAAUUGAGGGAGUCACCUUGGAACGAUUCCCCGUCCCGAAGCUUCCCGGGGAGGAGACCCCCUCUCCGAUGGCGGUCGAGGAUCUCGGGGAUUCGCACCCGGUGGACUCUCAAAGUUUGGAGAUUCCAACCGAGACUCUCAUGAUCCAAGACUCCAACUUGGACGAGAUGGAUCUCGGGAAGGGUGGGGAGGCCCAAGACGAAGCCCGGGACGAGGCCCAGGUGAAGGAGGCCCCUGAACUCGAAGUCCAGGAGGAUAUUUUCGAUGAUGGGCUUCCUUAGAUAGUUUUUAUGCCCUGCGUGGCUCUACCCUUGUAAUUAUCUAAUUAUUCGAAUAUUUAUGCCCUUCGGGGUUUUAACUUUUAUAUAAGUUCCUUUGUUUCAUAUCUUGCAUAUCGUGUAUUUAGUAUUUUCGGCUUAGAAUUUUUCUAGAUCAACUCUCGUAAGAUCUGUUAAUUCAACUUUCGAAAUAGUCACGGGAACUUUAAUUUUUAUAAAUCGGAAUUAAUUCAAAGUAAUUCGUACUUAGAAUUUUUAAACUCCGAAUCAUCUUCAAUCAUUUUUAAUGAUCGGGAUAGCCAAUCAGGGUCGGUUGUCUCUUAUCCGUCACAUUUGGAAUUUACUUAGUACCUUUUUUCAGCUUCAAGCCUGUAUCCUUUUUUCAGGAUGUUUUAUUCGAAGGUAAGCACAAAUAAACUCAUAACACUUUAACAAAAUCAAGGCUAAAAUCCUCGGGACUUUAUUAUUAUAGUAAAAGAGAUAACUAUUUCUGGAAAUUAACUACAUGACAGUGGUCAACAUGACCUUAUUCUCGUGGUAACUACUAACUUCUGUUAUCACAGAGUAGAUAUUAAAUAUAAUAUAUCUUUAAGUUGGUCGCAUGCCAACUUCUAGGGACUUCAAUUCCGUCCAAGGUUUGAAGCUUGUAUGAGCCAUGGCCUGUGACAGUCUUAACUUGGUAGGGGCCUUCCCAAUUUGGAGCCAUCUUGCCUUUGGGACCUACCCCUGAAGCCUCAAUUUUUCUAAGUACCAGAUCUCCUUCCCUGAAAUAUCGCUCCUUAACCCGUAGGUUAUAGUAAUAGGAAGCUCGUUUCUGGUUUUCCACAAUCUUAGCAUGAGCUUCGUCACGAAUCUCAUCGAUCAUAUCAAGCGCAAGUCUCAUACCUUCUUCGUUGGCUUCUGGCUCAUACUGCUGGACCCUGGAGGAUGUAUGAGUGAUCUCAAGUGGCACCACUGCCUCGGCUCCAUAGGCUAGCUGAAAGGGGGUUGCCCCAGUUGAAACCUUGCAUGUGGUUCGAUACGCCCAUAGUAUAGGGAGUAUCUCAUCGGCCCACGAUCCCUGGGCUUUCUCUACUCUUUUCUUCAGUCCAUCGAGGAUUAUUCUAUUGGCCACCUCAGCUUGUCCAUUAGCUUGAGGGUGAGCAACUGAAGUAAAGCGUAACUCAAUCGAGUAAUCCUCACAAUAACUUUUAAACUCAGCGUUAUUGAACUGAGUCCCAUUGUCUGUAACCAUGACUCGAGGUAUUCCGUACCUGCAAAUAAUGUUCUCCCACACAAAUUGUGCAACUUGCUUGGUGGUUAUCUUGGCCAGCGGCUUGGCUUCAAUCCAUUUAGUGAAAUAAUCAAUUGCAACCAAGAGGAACUUUCUCUGUGCACUAGCAAGUGGAAACGGUCCAAGAAUAUCCAUUCCCCACAUUGCAAAGGGGAUAGGAGUAUUGAUAGAUGUUAGCAUCUCAGGUGGCUGUCGUACAACAGGUGCAAACCUUUGGCAGCGGUCACACUUCUUCACGUAAUCCUGAGCAUGUUUCAGCAUAUCAGGCCAAUAAAAUCCAAGACGAGUGACUUUAUGAGCCAAAGCCCUUCCUCCCAGGUGUUGGCCACAUACACCUUCAUGUACCUCCCUCAGGGCUUCUUGAGCCUCAUCAGGCCUCAGACAUCUCAAGUAAGGGAUCACAAACGAUUUUCUAUAUAAGAUUCCCUCAAUGAGUACAUAUUUAAGGGCCCUUACUUGUAACUUUCGUGCUUCAUCAGCAUUAGGUGGCAAAUGUCCGCUUCGUAAGUACAACUUAAUUUCAUCCAUCCAAGUGGCCCCUGUUUCAAUGGGGGCAACUAACUUUGCUUCGAUACUCGGGGUUCUCAAAACCUGAUAGUAAACGCUUCCUGAGCAUACCUCAUCGUCGGAAGAUGCAAAUUGUGACAGGGCAUCGGCCUUGGUGUUCUCCUCCCUUGGCACAUACUCUACCAAGCAUUCUUCGAAUAGUGCCAUCUGGGUCUUUACAAUCCUUAGAUAUUUUAGCAUAGUCUCCUCACGGGCUUCGAACUCUCCAUUCACUUGGAAGACUACAAGCUUUGAGUCACCACAGACCUUUAAAUUCUUUACCCUCAAGGUUCUGGCUAGACCAAGUCCAGCUAUCAAUGCUUCAUACUCUGCUUCAUUAUUGGUGGUCGGAAAGUCCAGCUUAAUAGCAUAUUCCACAGUAAAGCCAUCAGGGCUUUGGAGCACAAGUCCUGCACCACUACCUUUUGUUUUUGAAGCCCCGUCAAAAAAUAGU